AAGUCGCCGUGUUCGUGGCGAGUGUGUCUUGUCGGGAAUAUCGACCAAUCGUGUUUAUUUUGGUUUCACACCGGAACUUUUGUUAUAGUGUACUUUUAAAUUAGCAUGGUUAACAAAAUGUACUUCGGCGGUGUCGAAGGAGGCGCAACACAUUCAAACUUGGUCAUCUGUGACGAAACCGGAGAAGUAGUUGCCACAUCUAAAGGUCCCGGUACGAAUCACUGGCAACUUGGUAUAGAAGAAUGUGCCACAAGGAUCAUAGACAUGAUACACGCUGCUAAGGAACAUGCUGGAUUUCCGUUGGACAAACCUCUGGACUGUUUGGGUCUCACCCUCUCAGGGUGCGAGCAGGAAAGCAGUAACAAGGAGCUGGCGGAACGAGUGAGACAGAAAGAUCCAGCGUGUGCUAGAAGAGUCCAUGUGGCUUCAGACACAGCUGGCUCGCUGUUCACUGGCGCUCCUAACGGAGGCAUGGUGCUUAUAGCUGGCACGGGAUCUAACGCGUUGUUGUACAAUGGAAAACAGCAGUAUGGAUGCGGUGGUUGGGGCUUUCUCUUAGGAGAUGAAGGAGGAGCUUACUGGAUAGCUCAUCGUGCUGUAAAGACUAUCUUUGACGAGGAAGAUGGAUUGCGUCCUUCACCACAUCCAAUACACGCCGUCUGGGAGGUCAUCAUGGAACACUUUGGGACAGAGAACAGAGUGGACCUACUGCCUCAUGCUUAUAAGAACUUUGAUAAAUCCAAGUUCGCUGGUUUAACUCAGAAACUCUCCCACCUCGCCCUCCGAGGCGACGCUCUAUCCCGGCACCUAUUCGCAGAAGCCGGCAGCGCACUCGCAGCACACGUGGCCGCACUUGUCCCAAAGACUAAUGCGAGGCACGUCAGAGUCGUAUGCGUUGGCUCUGUGUGGAACAGCUGGGAAUUGUUGAAGCCUGGAGCGCUGAAAGAGCUUAAUAUUAGGAGGGUAAAACCCGAGCUAGAGCUCGUCAGACUCCGCGUCUCAAGCGCUAUGGGCGCCGCGUGGCUAGCAGCAAAGCAGCUCGACUACGAGCUGCCCCGAGACGACGCGGCUUUCUGUGAGAUCCUCUACACGUACACGCCCGAACACCACAUGAAUGGGAACGGGAAGGUGAAUGGGACUAUUGGGAACUGCGGCUCGACAGCGGGCGUUGUAGGUUAUGUAUCUUUAAAGGAGCGAAUUUCGGCCGCCACGGUCUCAAAUAACGGUUUGCAAGGGAGAAGAGACAAGUUUAACUUUAUUUCUGAUGUGGUGGCUGUUUCGGCGCCGUCCGUGGUCUAUAUAGAGAUAAAAGACAGUCGGCGUAUGGACUUGUUUUCUGGAGAGCCUUUAACGUUGUCGAAUGGUUCUGGGUUUAUAGUGAAGGAGGAUGGACUGAUAUUAACGAACGCUCAUGUGGUCGUGAAUAAGCCGAAUGCUAGCGUGCGAGUAAAGCUGUCGGAUGGCUCCGUCCACAUAGGUGUAGUAGAGGAUAUAGACAUGAAGUCGGACCUGGCGACACUCCGGAUCCCAGUGCGUGGGCUGCCUAUAAUGAAGCUAGGGACCUCCGCAGACCUCAAGCCUGGCGAGUGGGUAGUUGCAAUGGGGAGUCCUUUGGCUCUCAGCAAUACAGUGACUGCUGGUGUUGUCAGCUCUACUCAGAGAGGGAGUGCAGAGCUUGGCUUACGAGGCAAAGACAUGGUCUACAUACAAACCGACGCGCCCAUCACAUUCGGCAACAGCGGCGGUCCUCUGGUAAAUCUGGACGGUGAAGCAAUCGGUAUUAACAGUAUGAAAGUCACUUCGGGCAUCUCGUUCGCUAUACCCAUUGAUUAUGUGAAGGAGUUCCUGCAGAAACGGAAAACAAAGUCCCCACAAGUGUCCCGGCGGUACCUCGGCAUCACCAUGCUGUCGUUGACUCCCAACAUACUCAUGGAACUCAGAAUGAGGAAUCCAGAGAUGCCCACAGACAUAGACCAUGGCAUCCUGGUGUGGAAAGUUAUCAUAGGAUCACCUGCUUACAAUGGCGGCCUCCAACCAGGCGACAUUGUGACCAACAUUAAUGGCAAGCCCGUGCAAACGGCGACCGACGUGUACGCCAUCUUGGAAAACAGCAGCGGCCUGCUCAAGGUCGACGUCGUUAGAGGGAGAGGGAGGUUGGCUCUCUCUGUCACUCCCGAACAACAUUGACAAUAGUUACUUUUCUAAGUUGGAAUUUUAAACGAAGAGUUAAUUUAAUGCUAGAAUUAAAUACCGAUACCGUAACAGGAAUUAAAUACCGAAACCAGAAUUAAAAACCGAAAUCGUUGCAUACUUAGAUGCUGAAGGCAAGGACAGUUGUUUGACUGUUAAAUUGAGCUAAAAAUACCACUUGACUUUUACAUGUUUAUUCAGGCCGUUAGAAUAAUCUAGAAUUUUAACAUAUAUUACUACUACAGAAUCACCCAGCUACCACCGCCUACCUAAACGGGGUUCAAACCUUGGUGGUCCUUGUAAAUCCUCUAACUAGUCAUAGUGACAUAAAAGGCGCGGCCGUCCAAACGGUGACCGACGUGUAAGCCAUCUUGGAAAACAACAGCGGCCCGCUCAAGGUCAACGUCGUUAGAGGGAGAGGGCGGUUGGCUCUCAGUGUCACUCCGGAACAACAUUGACAGUAGUUUAUUUAUUAAGUCGGCAUUUGAAAUGAAAAGUUAAACCGAAAAUAUAAUUAAAUACCGAAACUAGAAUUAUUUACCGAAACCGAGUAAAAACCGACACCAGUAUCAGUAACCGAAACUAGUCAAAAGCGAAAACUAGAAUUAAGAACCGGAAAUAAAUUAAAAACCAAAACCAGAAUAAAAACCGACUCGAUUAAAAAACCGAUACAAUUUCAUUUUCAAAAUGGGUUACAACAUGGGCAGCGGCCUGCUCAAGGUCGACGUCGUUAUAGGGAGAGGGCUUGUGGGCUCUCACUGUUACUUCGGAACAACAUUGACAAUAGUUAUAAUAGCUUUACGUGUUAGGCUUGAAAAAUAAGUCGGCAUUUAACAGAAAGUACCGAAUCUAGAAUAAAUAAUUGAAAUCAAAAUUACAAGUCGAAACCAAAAUCUAAAACCGAUAUUAAACGAAAUAACCGAAAACGUAUUACGUAGAUAAUAGUUGUAGAGACAUGUUUAACUGUGACCGGGGCUACAAGGGAAAACCGUUUUUAAGGCCCUCUUAAAAAAAAAGGUUGAGGUUGGUCUAACUGUAAAUGGUCUAGUAAUCUAGAAUGAGGGCUAACGCGUAUGAAUUCGCCGCUAGAUGUAGAUGGUGGUCUUUUCCAUAGUUCGUCACUUCAAUGACUGACAGCUGUUCUAUAGUCUUUUGGACCACCAUCAACAGAGGCGCCAACUGGUGAGCAAAAAAACGAUAGCCCUCAUUUAAUUUGAUUAUUUAAUUUAUUAUGUUUAAUUGGUUAGAAUAUAGAAACCCUGAAGAAACAACCUAAGAAUGUAACAUUGAAACCUCACUGCCAAGUGUCGUUUUGACGACAUGAUAAGUCCUACCUACCUAUUAUUAUUAUGUACCGUUGUUUUAUCGCCUCCAGGAUUUUUUCUGCCUGAUUUAUAUACCUAUAUUAUAGUAAAUAAGUAGCUUUUUAUAAU